UCUCGCGGUAGUUCCGUGCCUCCACCGGCGGCGACAUUCAGAAAGGAGAUGGCGGCCAGAGGGGGGUUUCAGUCGGCACCGACAGGAGGUGGUGGUGGAGCAAUGGGACCCGGACCACCGGUACCGGGCGCAGGACCAGGCAUGGGCCCAGGGACACCUUCUGGAAGGAUGGGACCGUCGUCGGCCGCGCAGAACCACAUGUACCGCUCCCCGAUGCCCGGGCCUGGGUACCCGAGACCAGGAAUGCCUCCAUCCAGCCGUAUGACCCCACAGGGACCAGCCAUGGGCCCCCCAGGAUAUGGCAACAGCCCAGUGUCUCGGCCUGUGAUGCCUGGCGUGAUGGACCCGUCUCGCAAGAGACCCGCGCCCCAACAGAUUCAGCAGGUGCAGCAGCAGAAUCGCAACCAGCACACAAAGAAAAAGAAGAUGGCUGAUAAAAUUCUACCUCAGAGGAUCAGAGAACUGGUCCCAGAGUCUCAGGCUUACAUGGAUCUGCUGGCUUUUGAGAGGAAGCUGGACCAGACCAUCAUGCGCAAGAGACUGGAUAUUCAGGAGGCCCUCAAGAGGCCCAUAAAGCAAAAGAGAAAACUGCGGAUCUUCAUAUCAAACACCUUCAACCCGGCAAAGCCAGAUGCUGAGGAUGGCGAGGGCACAGUUGCAUCAUGGGAGCUACGUGUUGAGGGCCGUCUGCUGGAAGAUACGGCUGUGUCCAAGUACGAAGCCACCAAACAGAAGCGGAAGUUCUCCUCUUUCUUCAAGUCUCUAGUGAUUGAGUUGGACAAGGACCUGUAUGGUCCAGAUAAUCAUCUUGUGGAAUGGCACAGGACUGCCACCACCCAGGAGACUGACGGUUUCCAAGUGAAGAGGCCUGGUGAUGUGGGUGUUCGCUGCACCGUCCUGCUCAUGCUUGACUACCAGCCCCCUCAGUUCAAGCUGGACCCCCGACUGGCUCGUAUGCUGGGGAUUCACACCCAGACCAGACCUGUCAUCAUUCAGGCCCUGUGGCAGUAUGUCAAGACCCACAAGCUCCAAGACCCUCAUGAACGCGAGUUCAUCAACUGUGACAAAUACCUGCAGCAGAUUUUUGAGACUCAGCGAAUGAAAUUCUCUGAGAUCCCACAGCGCCUGCAUGCACUCCUGAUGCCCCCAGAGCCCAUCAUCAUUAACCAUGUGAUCAGUGUGGACCCUAAUGACCAAAAGAAGACUGCCUGUUAUGACAUUGACGUGGAGGUGGAUGACACACUGAAGACCCAGAUGAACUCCUUCCUGCUGUCUACAGCCAGUCAGCAGGAAAUAGCUGGACUGGACAAUAAGAUCCAUGAAACUAUUGAGACCAUUAACCAGCUGAAGACCCAGAGAGAGUUCAUGUUGAGUUUUGCCAGAGAUCCUCAGGGCUUUAUCAAUGACUGGCUGCAGUCCCAGUGCAGAGACCUCAAGACCAUGACAGACGUGGUAGGAAACCCAGAAGAAGAGCGAAGGGCAGAGUUUUACUACCAGCCGUGGGCUCAGGAGGCAGUCUGUCGCUACUUCUACUCCAAGGUUCAGCAGAGGCGACAGGAGCUGGAGCAGGCGCUCGGCAUCAGGAACACCUAAAGAAAUUUGUCGACAGGUGGCAAAUAAGGAGAUGUGCUGUUUGAGACGACUAGUGUGUGUGUGUGUAUGUGUGGGUGUGGGUGUGUGUGUGGGAUGUUCAAAGUGAAUUUCUCACAGUUUUCUGACAAACUUAUAGAGACAUAGAUACUAGAUGGCUUUACCGUUACAUAGGAUGUUCCUUUUGUUUUCUUUUAAAUCUGUACUCUGCAGCUCUACUGCUGCUAUUCUGAUUUGGUUGCUACUUCUACUUUUUUAUAAAUAUUUUUUUCUUUCUUCACCAGAGCUCCUUGAGCACAGUGUAUUUUCUCUUGCAUGUCUAAGCCUUACCUGCAAGCAUUCCUUUCAUUUUGAUACAUUGUGCCCACACAAAAGUACAGAUUGUACACAAAUGAAAAAGCAGAGGGCAGAUUGUACUUGGCACCUUCUUAAUGUAUUUUGUCCCCAAAUCUAAAAAUAUCUUAAAUCAGCUGGAAUGUGUUGACUCUGCCAUGGCUCUUUGUUCCCCUUUUUGGAAAAUAAAUUUACAUUUAAAUACAUACCUAACUUGGCCCCCAUAUGCUUGCAUAUUCAGUAAGAUAUUGAUUGUGAUUGUGUUUGUAAUCGGUCAGGCUACUUUGCUGCACAUUGGCUGUUCACGUUUCACUUUGUCUUAAGUUCUCAUUAGUUUGUUUUGACAGCUUGCCACAGUCUGUUGUCUGAGUUUAAAGGCUCAAACAUUGCAGAAUAUACAUCUUUUACUAAGGAUGUCGAUAAGUAUGAAGAUCUUUUCCUUUCUUUUUUGUUAUCACUGAUCCUUGUUUUAAAAAUAUGUAUUAUAUCAGUACUUGUCUUGUUAGCUAGUACAGAUUAUCAAGGAAGUAGCUAGUAUGAGUACCUUUAGUCUAUAUAGUUUUGUAAAUACUGAGCAGAAAAAAAACUGAAGAUGGAUGUGAAGUAAAAUUGUAUCUCUUAUCCUGACAGAUGUUUUUUCUUAACUCUUUGUCUAUGCUCAGAUAGUUGAACCAGUAUUUAUACUAUUAAUCGACCCUUGUUGCCAGAGCACAGUGGUUUAGCUCUCCACAUAAAGACAGCAGUCUCACUUGCUGAACAUCUGCCCUGCAGGCAAAAUACACACGGCAUUCAUGUCGCCUGCGAGCUGGGAAAAGUUAAAUCCUCUGCUUUUAGUUUUUGUAUUUUAAUUAUGUGCGGAGAAGCCAUAAACACUUAAACAAGCUCAGUCGCACGUGUGGCCGAGCAGAUUUAAGGAGUCGUAGCGUGUUCGUACCCUGGCUGAUGACCUGACACCUUUUGCAUUUAAUGGUUGUUUCCCAGUUGGUGGUAAAGAUGAGUGUCCUGGCUGAAACUUUUGUGUGUGUGCAUUUCAUUAAUUCCAAGAAUACACUAAUGUGGGUCUGGGUGGGUAUAUGAUUUGAAACAAGUGGUAGAAACCUCUGGGGUGUAAAACACAACACUGGGCGUGUGUAGUAUUGUUUGAAUCUGCAGACUUUUUCAUGGACCAAACCUAUUUUUCUGUAUGUUCUUAUUAUGUUAUAAUAAAGGAUAAGUAAAAUGUA